UUCUGUGAUAUCCACUAGCAGGCUUGAUAAGGUGAUGUGCAGGGACCAGCAUAAAAGUUUCGUUUAUCAUAUUAUUUAUUUCAUAUUUUCAUGUCGGGAUGUUAGAUAUGUAUGAUUAAUAGAUUAUUGAUUGUCUAUACAAUUGACAUCGGUAUUCGGUAUGACAGUAUUCACUAUCCACUAUCCAGACAUUCAGUACUCAUACGCUGAGUAUUAGUCACUAGACUGGUCAGAACUUGACACUUGUUAGAAAUUAGAGAGUAACAACACUCACGACUGAAUGACUAUGUCUGGCGAAAACAUUUAAAAUAUUACAUAAUAUAUAAUUUUUACUUUGUAAAGAAAAUAAAACUAUUCUUUGGCGUAUUAAGAAUUUUCAUAUUUACAAUGUAUGACUAUGAGUAUGGCGAUCUGUGUUUUGAUGAAGAUAAAAUGGGUAUGAAAGUAACCUCUGGUGUAGUCACAAUUAAUAAAGACACAACAACCAAUCUUAUAGGAAUAACAAUUGGUGGAGGACCACCUCACUGCCCUUGUAUAUAUGUUAUACAGGUAUCUGACAAUUCACCGGCUGCAUUAGAUGGUACAUUAGAAAGUGGUGAUGAGCUUUUAGCUAUUAAUAAUGAAUGUGUACGUGGACAUACAAAAUUACAAGUAGCACAAAUGAUACAAUCAAGUGUUGGUCGAGUCAUUUUGAAAUACAACAAAUUACACGCUGAUGCUCGUCAAGGCAAAACUUUGGAUAUUGUAUUAAAAAAAGUUAAACAUAGACUAGUUGAACGUAUGUCUGCUACCACCGCUGAUUCUUUGGGUAUGUCUCGUGCAAUUCUAGUCAAUGAUAGUCUUGUUAAACGUUUACAACAGCUGGAUGACAUGGAACAAUCAUAUCGUCACUUGGUUGAUCAUACAGAACGUGUACUUCGUGCAUUUUAUGCUCUGACCCAAUGUUUUAAAGAGUUUGGGGACACAUUUGCCGAAAUAGGUGCUAGAGAACCACAGCCUAGAGCUAGUGAAGCUUUAGUGCGCUUUGCUGAAUAUCAUAGACGAAUGGAGCGUCAAGGCCUUAUGCUAAUCAAAGCUCUAAAACCCAUUUCUAGGUCAUUUGGUACAUACCUUAAUAAAGCUAUUCCAGACACCAAGCAAACAAUACGCAAGUAUGCAGAUGUGAAAUUUGAAUAUUUAUCCUAUUGUUUAAAAGUCAAAGAGUUAGAUGAUGAAGAGAUAACUUAUUGUUCAGCAGACGAACCUUUAUAUCGCAUUGAAACUGGAAAUUAUGAAUACAGGCUUGUACUGAGAUGCCGACAGUUAGCGAGAAAACGAUUUGCUGCACUUAGAGAAGAUGUUUUGGCUAAAAUUGAACUAUUAGAAAAUAAACAUGUGCAUGAUGUUGUAGGUCAAUUACAUGCAAUUGCUUCACAGAUGGCUAGUUACAAUCGUGAAAUAAGUUGGAUGAUGCUUGGAGGUAACAAUGUUAGUGAACCACCACUUUUUCCUAUUGAGAUGGAUUUGACUUGCACUGCAUUUCAAUAUAAGUCUGUCCAGCCAGUAAGCGAUCUCAACCAAGAUGAUCUUAAUGAUGAAAGUAUACAUAACUCAGUUGAUAAUCCAAGAGUGUACAGAGAUUUGCCACCACUACUUAAAAAGAAUGAUUCUGUUUCUGCUUUGACAGAACUAUCACAAUUAUGCUUGGAUACUGAUGAAACAGAUAAUGAAAACCAUGCCAUAACAGCAUCUUCUCCAUUGCUUUUAGACUUACAAUAAUAUUUUUUUAAUAUAUUAUUAAAUAUAAUACUUUUAUUUAUUA